AUGGCCGACGGAUCAGGCGAGUGUAACAUUAAGGUGGUGUGCCGCUUCAGGCCACUGAACGAUUCCGAGGAGAAGGCGGGAAGUAAGUUUAUUGUCAAGUUCCCCUCCACCGAAGACUCCGUCUCCAUUGGGGGCAAAACGUACAUGUUUGACAAGGUGUUUAGCCCGAAAGCCAAUCAGGAGAAGGUGUACAACGACUCUGCGAAGGCCAUCGUGAAGGAUGUGCUCGGCGGCUACAACGGCACCAUCUUCGCCUACGGUCAGACCUCCUCCGGAAAGACGCAUACGAUGGAGGGCGUGCUGGCCGAUUCCCUCUACAUGGGAAUUAUUCCGCGCAUCGUCAACGACAUCUUCAACUACAUCUACUCAAUGGACGAGGCGAUUGAGUUUCACAUUAAAGUUUCUUAUUUUGAAAUUUACCUUGACAAAAUUAGAGAUUUACUGGACGUCUCAAAAGUGAACCUGUCGGUACAUGAGGACAAAAACCGUUGCACCUAUGUCAAGGGCGCCACCGAGCGGUUCGUCACCUGUCCCGAAGAGGUUAUGGAGGUCAUUGACGAGGGCAAAUCGAAUCGCCACAUUGCCGUUACGAACAUGAACGAGCACUCCUCUCGAAGUCAUUCAGUGUUCCUGAUCAAUGUGAAGCAGGAGAACCAGGAGAACCAGAAGAAGCUUACCGGCAAGCUGUACCUUGUCGAUUUGGCUGGUUCGGAAAAGGUUAGCAAAACCGGUGCCGAAGGCAUGGUGCUUGAUGAGGCAAAGAAUAUCAACAAAUCACUAUCUGCUCUUGGAAAUGUGAUAUCUGCUCUUGCUGAUGGCAAUAAAUCUCACAUCCCAUAUCGUGAUAGUAAGCUGACGCGCAUCCUUCAGGAAUCUCUGGGCGGCAACUCGCGCACCACCAUCAUCAUCUGCUGCUCGCCGGCGUCCUUCAACGAGAUGGAGACGAAGUCGACGCUGGAGUUUGGCCGCCGCGCAAAGACCAUCAAGAACGUGGUCAUCGUCAAUGAGGAGCUGACGGCGGAGGAGUGGAAGCGGCGGUACGAGCGCGAGCGGGAGAAGGUGAGCAAGCUAAGGGCGCAGCUGCAGCGGGCAGAGCAGGAGCUGAUGCGGUGGAGGGGCGGCGAGUCGGUGCCCGCCGACGAGCAGUCAGGACUGACGCGCGAUCUCGACACCAGCACGCUCAGCCUCUCAGAGUCGGGCCAGGCGCACCACCUGAGCAACAUGUACAACACCGGCGUCGUCUCCUCGGAUCCGCUGACCAAUGAGGAGCGCAUGAAGUUCGAGGAGGAGCGGACGCGGCUGUACGCGCAGCUCGAUGAGAAGGACGACGAGAUUGACAAGUUCAGCCAGCAGAUUGAGAAGCUGAAGGAGCAGAUUGUCGACCAGGAGGAGCUGUUCAACACCGGCCGCCGUGAUAAUGACCUGCUGCAGGCAGAUCUGACCCGUAUCCAGCAGGACAACGAGUCGCUGAAGGAGGAGGUGAAGGAGGUGCUGCAGGCGCUGGAGGAGCUCGCCGUCAACUACGACCAGAAGUCGCAGGAGUACGAGGCGAAGAGCCGCGAGGUGGAGACGCUGGGCGAGGACCUCACCGCGAAGAGCACCGCCCUCAACAGUCGCGACAGCGAGCUGCAGCAGCUGAAGGAACAGACGACCCACCAGAAGCGCCGCUACAUGGAGAUGGUCACCAAUCUGAUGAAGGACCUGGCGGAGGUGGGCAUCGUCCUGGGCGCCAACCAGAACACCAGCUUCAUCGGCGAGCUGAAGCUGUCUGGGGACGCGAGCAAGCUGGACGACGAGUUCACCGUCGCCCGGCUUUACGUGAGCAAGAUGAAGAGCGAGGUGAAGGCGCUGACGACGCGCACCGUCCAGCUGGAGGCCUACCAGACGGCCAGCCACAAGAAGAUGGAAACGGCGGAACGGGAGCUGACCGAGUGCAAGCUGCUGAUCAGCCAGUACGAGGCGAAGAUGACCUCGCUGCAGGAGUCGAUCAGGGACGCGGAGAACAAGCGCCGGCUGAUGGAGGAGACGGUGGACACGCUGAAUGAGGAGUGCGCCAAGCUGAAGGCCGCCGAGGAGAUGCACCAGGUGACCAGCAUCGAGAAGGAGAAGGAGAAGGACUCGGUGGAGCAGAUGAAGAACGCCCUGGAGCACCAGAUUGAGAAGCACCGGGAAAACCACCAGAAGCAGCUGGCCACGCUGAGGGACGAGAUUGCGGACAAGCAGGCGAUGAUUGACCAGUUCAAGGACGGCAAUCAGAAACUGACGCUGGCGCUGGAGCGCCUCCAGCAGGACUACGACCGCCUGAAGACGGAGGAGAACGAGAAGAGCGUCAAGUUGCAGGAGCUGACGCUGCUCAAUGAAAAGUGCGACCAGGCGAAGCAGGACCUGAAGGGCCUGGAGGAGACGGUCGCCAAGGAGCUGCAGUCGCUCUUCAACCUGCGCAAGCUCUUUGUGGAGGACUUUAAGAACCGAUUCAAGAAGAUUGUCGUCGGCGAGGAGCCCGACGAUGCCGCCAACUCCGGUGGCUCACUAGUGCAAAAGCAGAAAAUCUCCUUUUUGGAGAACAAUCUCGAACAGCUGACCAAGGUUCAUAAGCAGCUGGUUCGUGACAACGCCGAGCUGCGGUGUGAGCUUCCGAAGCUGGAAAAGCGCCUUCGCACCACCAUGGAGCGCGUGAAGACGUUAGAGUCGGCGCUGAAGGAGGCGAAGGAGUCGGCGAUGAAGGACCGAAAGCGGUACCAACAUGAGGUGGACCGAAUCAAGGAGGCAGUCAGACAGAAGAACCUUGCUCGUCGCGGUCAUGUUGCUCAAAUCGCAAAACCAAUUCGUGCCGGUGGCGGACCUAUCGUAUUUCGCAAUCAAAACAUUCAACAAAAGUGA